AUGGGGCUGGUCCUGCCCGAGAUCCUUCUGUGUCCUGUCUUUCCCAAACCUGGGCCCUACCUGGGGCAGGGAUACUGCUCCCCUACUUACCAGGAGUCUGAACAAGCUCAGGGGUUGGGCCAGGCCAGAGAAGCCAGUUCCAAGAAGGCUGGACAAACGGUGACCCCAGCAGUGAUCCUGAGGGACAAGAAGUACACUGACCCUCUCGGGGUCGCAGCCACCUCACCAGAAAUGGGCACAAGAAAUAACCCCGAAGACGCCAAAGGACACGGGUUCCUGUAUGAAACCUCCGGGGUCUGGCCGCGUUUCUCUUGGCAGGUCGCCUCCUUUGGUGCUUCCCCCACGACCCCCACCCGAUUUGCCCUGGCGGGCAUCCACGCGCUCGUCGUCUCCCUGAGCGACCGUGACCUGAAGGACGCCAUGCAGGAGGCCCAGGGGCAGCAGUUCAUGUAGCGAGGGUCCCCAUCCCUGUUGGCUCAGCAGGAAAUCUGCACGUGCGUCUUGAACCAGUUUGGCUACUGCUCGGAGGGCUUUUCCUGGGAUGGCUCAGCCAUCUUCCCAGAACCACCUGUCAUUAGGAUAUAUCCCGGCAUGAUUCGUGCCGUCUCUCGGCACAUCAGAUACUACGCCAUGGCCCUACUGAACAACGUGAAGGAGAGGGCCGCCUGGUUCCGAACACCACACGUCCUCUGGCCCUGGGGCUGUGACAAGCAGUUCUUCAACGCCUCGCUCCAGUUCACCAACAUGGACUCUGAUGGAAUUCAUCAACUCUAACUCUCCGCCUCCAAGCUUGGCAUCUCUGUGGAGCACGCCACACUGGCUGACUACUUCCGUGCCAUGCACACUCACAGUGUCACCUGGAACAUCCACGACCGGGACUUCCUGCCCUAUUCCUCAGAUCCAUUUCAGGCCUGGACCGGCUUCUACGCAUCCUACAGCGGGCUCAAGGGGCUGGCGAGGCGAGUCAGCACACUGCUGUAUGCCGGGCAGUCCGUGUCCACUCGCUACGUGUGGCCGGCCCCCCAGCAGCACCUGGGCCUGGACCGGGCCCUGAAGCAGCUGCAGUGGCCCCCUGAGCGGUCUGCGAGGCACCUGGCGAGAGGGAAGGAGAGCCAGCACCUGGGAGGUGAGCGGGUGCUCUGGAGAGGCGGGUCCCGAUCCCACGCUUCCCCUACUCUGGUCGGGCUACGGGUGCAGCACCACGACACCAUCCCUGGGACUGAGACGCCCAAGGUGAGGGACACGUACGUGGAGAAUCUGAGCGCGGGGAUGCACGGCGUGCACAAGCUGAUGGCCUCCAUCGUCCAGGACAGGACCCCAGCCCACUCAGGUAAACGAGGCCCCCACAGGAUGCUUCUGCAGACCUGGGAGGAGGCUGUGGCCGUCCUGACCAGAGAGCCCGCGGGGUCACGGAGCGACCCAGAACGUGGGGGACACGUUGGCGUGGUCUUCAACCCCUUGGCCUGGACGGUCACCACCAUCAUUACCCUGACUGUGGACUCCUCCUGGGUCAGCAUCACCGAUGCGUCAGGCCACCCGGUGCCUGCACAGGUCCAGAAAUCAAGGGAGAAACAACCUACAUACGACCUGCAUGCGCUGACCAUUCCGGGCCUCAGUUGCCGGCACUACGGCAUCAGGAGUACCAAGGGGGCCCAGACGGGCAUCCACGAACCAGUUGCCACCAUAGUUAGUUCCACCCAGUUUGGGAGCAGGCCGUGGACGUGCACUGGUCCAGGGAUCAGGCACCUGUUGCGGGUGAAGAAUGACAUUACAACACCGUGUUCCUGGACCAUGACACCAACCUGA